UGACGAAGCCUGGUUUCAGUUUUUCUAGUUCACAUCAUUCUAUUGUCAGCUCGACCUACGAAGCACAUCACUCGACUCAGCAUUCUGCACCUGUACAAGACAAAACAAGAUUCAUCAUGGUUGACAAACUAACAGACAAGCAGAUGGCUGGUUUCAAGGAGGCUUUCGCUCAGUUUGAUAAGAAUGGUGAUGGUACCAUCACAUGCGCUGAGCUGGGUGAAGUGAUGAAGUCGGUCGGCCAGAACGUGCCCGAAGCUGAGCUCAAGGAACUCAUCAAGCUUGUCGAUCUCGAUGGAAAUGGAUCCGUGAGUUUCCAAGAGUUUUUGACUGUGAUCGUCAAGGCACUUCAGGACUUGGAGAAGGAGAUUCGAGCUGCAUUCAAGACCAUGGACAAAGAUGGCAGCGGUUCUCUGAGCCAUGCUGAGGUGAAGCAGGUGUUUGCAGACUUUGGAGAGAAGCUGAGUGAUAAGGAUGUGGAUGCUCUCAUCAAGGAGGCUGAUACAGACAAGGAUGGGACAGUCAACUAUGAAGAAUUCGUGGCGAUGUUGAUGAAGUAGGCCUUGGUAGAUCAACGUCCCUCCCUUCAGCUGGCGAUGUUCUACCAUCGUGCAUUUUGUAUUUCGAUAUAACCUUAAAUUAUUUUGUAGAAAGAGCGAAUAGAAUAAGAAUAUAAAACCAACGUUGCAAAAUGAGGUGUCCUGGUAUAGUGGUUCAUACACUGGACUCACCAAAGGAUUAAGGGUUCUAAUCCCACCCAGUCACCAACGUUCCUUGGCCAGACAUUGAUCCACAUUUACUACUCUCCAUCCAGGUGUGUACCUGUAAAUAACUGGGGGUAUUAAUGAUAAUUGCACGACCCGCAUGAAGAGCUACAGUAUUACUGACGUGGUUACCGUUGGUAAAUAAAACACAAUUAUGAUCAUCAUCAUUACUAGCAUAUUUUCUGCAUCAAUUUUGCUCAUAUUCCUACCAUGCUUGCGUGUAUUCCAAUCAAUAAUGUUAAACUUCAGCUUUAAAUUGUUAUGCUUCCGACACGUAAGGCGACGAAAUAAUGUUGGUUAGAUAAAAUUUGUCUAUACGUCUGUGAAUAAAAAAUAUAAACGAAACGGUAA